AAUCGAAUGAUUUCAUCACUACUUGUCGUCGCGAUUGUUGUCACUCUCUGUCCUCAAGCGAUGGCCAAUCAAACGACAAAAUGCUGUCCAACGCUCACGAAGACCACAAAGUAGACGACGACAGUUCCGCGAAACCCGUCUUCACGAUCAACGCCGCGCCGGACGACUCACUUCCCGACGACUUCUACGCCGACGCCGACGACGAAUCUCAACACAACUCGCUGUCCAUCGAAACCAUGGACUCGAAGCGCUUCCACCGGCAGUCGCGACAACUGCGACAAUCCAUGUCUGGGAUCCAUCUCUCGCUCCAAGACCGCGACCGCCAGGACCUGACGAUCGCGACGCCCGAAGAGUUCAUCAAACGCUUCGGCGGCAACAAAGUGAUCAAUAAGAUCCUGAUCGCCAACAACGGCAUCGCAGCCGUCAAAUGCAUGCGAAGUAUUCGGCGCUGGAGUUACGAAAUCUUCCGCAACGAACGCGCCAUUCGUUUCGUCGUUAUGGUGACGCCCGAGGACCUGAAGGCGAACGCAGAGUACAUCCGAAUGGCCGACCAUUACGUUCCGGUGACGGGCGGCACGAAUAACAACAACUACGCGAACGUCGAGCUCAUCGUCGAUAUCGCCAAACGAAUGGCCGUUCAGGCCGUGUGGGCGGGUUGGGGCCACGCCUCCGAGUACCCCAAACUGCCCGAACUGCUCGGCAAGGCGGGCAUCGUGUUCAUGGGACCGCCCCAACAGGCCAUGUGGGCGUUGGGCGACAAGAUCGCGUCCUCUAUUGUGGCGCAGACGGCCAAAGUGCCGACCCUUCCCUGGUCGGGGUCGGGACUCGUGUGUAGCGAUUGGGAGGACGGGAAGACAUUCAAGAUUCCGCCCGAUCUCUACCGCAAGGGUUGUGUCCACGACGUGAACGAAGGCCUGACGGCCGCCCACGAGAUCGGCUUUCCCGUGAUGAUCAAGGCGUCGGAGGGCGGCGGCGGGAAAGGCAUUCGGAAGAGCGAGUCGACGGACGACUUCCCGCAGAUGUUCCGUCAGGUGCAGAGCGAGGUUCCCGGCUCUCCCAUCUUCGUCAUGAAACUGGCCAAAUGCGCGCGACAUCUCGAGGUGCAACUGUUGGCCGAUCAGUACGGGAACGCCAUUUCGCUGUUCGGACGCGACUGUUCCAUACAGAGGCGCCACCAGAAGAUCAUCGAAGAGGCGCCGUGUAUUGUGGCCGAGGAGGAGACGUUCGCGCAGAUGGAGAGGGCGGCCGUGCGUUUG